GUGACUGAUAUAUGGUACGAGCACCUUAGCAGAUUAUUACGUCAACGAACCAAAACGCCCGCGAAGCCGUCUGGUAUAGGUCCAGCUUUUAACUCAGGUCUCCCGACGGACUUUGAAAUUUUAGGUAAAUUUUUCGUUGUACUUAUUAGAUCUUUGUAGGUUUACUCUUUAGUAGCGGUAUAUCUGCUCAGUUGAAGAAACCACUCUCUGUGGAUUGCAAGUAAGACUUGGUACGGUUUGUCGAAUUGCAUUAUGGGAAUGUCUCGAGAACUCGCUUGUUUUAUUGGCUGUUAUGAGGUUGCACAGGACAACCAACCGGGCCAAAAUUCGUCUCCUAAAACAAUCCCAUAGUGUAAUUCGACACAACACCGACCCAGUCUUAACUGCGACCUCAAAUCGCCAAAUGAUAGACGACUGGGGCUCAAAAUCAGGGGAGAGAUGCAUGGGAUAGCAAAUCUUAGAGAGGUGGGAAUGAGAUAAGGGCAACAACGGUAUUCCAGUGGGAAGCAUCACUGUAAGCAUUUCAUUCAUUGUGGUGGAUAUUUUUUUUUGCGGAAACAAAUUAUCCAAAAUUUGUAACGUAGAAAUCUCAGUUAAAUUCAUAAGAUAAUUAACCAUGAUCAAUGUCCGAGUCGAUCAGGACACAGUCCAAGGAACGUGAAGAAAACUUGUCCAUCUUUUCAAUCUCCCGCAUAUUUCCAUCCUUAACUGUCCGUUGUCCAAUACGCUUAUUAAUACUUCAGUCCACUUGCAGACGAUUUGUAGAAAGAACCGUAAGCUAAUAAUACGAGAAGCAGUGCUAUGUAAAAUUGCCAUUUUUUUCUUUCAGAUGAAGCCCAGGAAGCCGAGGCUAUCCAGGUUAUAAAUGCCAUAUUAGACCUGCGAGAACAACAAUCCGUGCAGACACCAGCAGUGAUGUGUAAAAUAUACUUCACCACAGCCAUGUUGCAGUAUAUCCUGGGGGACAUGCCUAAA